UCAACUGCGUCCAGUAUUCUUUCAGCCUCCGACGAAUUUGAAUCACCAACUAGAAGCGACAUUUCCCAAGUCGGGUAGUGAAUCAACAAGCUGUAGGCUAGAUUCUUAGCUAUUGACCAAGAAAUCAAGUUCCCUUGAAGUCUCCGUCUUUCUUUGGACCCUGAUGGUUGAAAUGCGUCAAUCAUUUCUCGUCCUUUUAUUCGGCCUCUGUGUUGUCGUUUCCAUCACUUCAGCAGGAGUCUUCAAAAUCCAUUCGCGUAUCACGAAUCCCAUCACGUCGUUCUUUGCCAACGCGAAAACCAAUUAUGUAAACAAAACUCAAAGCACCAACCUGGGAAAUGUAGUCGACUAUGUGGGCUAUUUCAGUGCUACGGAUGACUACAAACCUUAUUACAAUACGGAAGCUAUUCUAUCGCAUACGCACGCUCCUUCGUCAUCGGCAUACAUCGCUGGUUCGUCCAUUCCUAUUGCCCCACCCAAAAGAGGAACGUACCAAUAUGAUACAUGUGGGAGCAAUAUCGUUGUCCCGCUGACUUAUAAUAGGAAAAUCUUGACAGAGCAAGCCAUUAGACCUACAUACAAAUCGACUGAUUUUCCUGCCGGACGCACCUAUCCAUUGGUUUGCAAUUGGAAUGUCCAGGUGAGUAAAAACUGCAGUCGUGCUAGAAUCACAAUGAGAGUUGACGGCCGCAGUCGAUUGCCAGAUGAAGAAGGUUGCUCAAAAGGAUACAUUCGUGUCUCUCCUUUCAUGAAAGAAGCCAAGAUUUGUGGGCGCGUCAAUUACAUUCAGCCGUAUUAUUGGUACGUAGAAGAUCAAAAGCCGGACAUUGUCACCAUUACCAUGAAAAAUAUUGGCCUGAACGAUGGAUUCUCUGAGGGAUUCUCUUUUACCUUGUCAGGCGAAUGUCUUCCGAUUGAAAUUGGCAUAAAAAAAUUCGAUGUCAACAAGGAAAACGCAGGAUCAAACAGCCGAUGGAUGUACCGUCUUUUAUCGGACUCUGCUGUAUCUGGUGUUCCUACGGUAGUCAUUCCAGGUGUCGUUGCCAGCACGGAUAACAACCCGGUACCCGCAAAUAUCCCGCAAGCUGCAAAUAAUGGCCCGAAAUUUCCUCCAGUUGACACAGGUAACGAUGCCGAGAUGUUGAUGCUCAUUCAGAAAAACAAAGAGCGUAACCAGACAACGACAACUACCACGACAUCGACCACAACCACUACCGAACCGACUACUGUGACCACUACCACCCCUACGACAACAACUACGAAACGCCCCAUUCCUGAUUUUGAUCUUGAAACUCCCUGGGAUGUCCUCAAACCUUCAAAACCAACACCCCGACCACCUCCAUCAACUCCUUCGACGAGCAUAAAUGUUUCGAAACCUACUGUCCCAACGUCUUUGUUAAGUGAGCCUAAACCUCAUCCUAUUCUCAGCGUCAAGUUCCCUAAUCGCGUCCAAUUCACGUCUACGACGAUCUUCCCAACGAGUACAAAACCUACCAAGAAACCGGUCGACACCACUUUUGAUCUAGAAACACCAUGGCAAACGCUCAAAAACCAAUCCAUGCCAUCGACUACAAUACCUCCUGUUCCCACCAGUACCACCAAAGCUGCAACUCCUUUGGCCAUAGUUCCCACAACAGAAUCAUCCAUCACCAUCCUCAAAUAUAACCACCGCAACCAAUCCAUCUCGACUUACAAACCUGACCCACAGCCUUCCACAAUUUUGCCUCAGGGCAGUACAAAUGUGAAACUCCCUGUUGCGGUGACUCAUUCAUCCUACCCGAGUCGGCCGUCCUUGUCGGAAAUUGAUUCUGAAAAGGACACCGAUGACGGGGAGUCUGAUGCAUUAAUUGUAGAAAACGAAGAAGUGCCCGACCUACCUGUUGACCAAGUUGUGGACGAUGCCUUAUCGUACAUAACUACACUAUUAGAUAAUCCGCUAUUACAAAAAUCACUGCCGAAAAAACCUUUAAGAAAAAAGGACAGUCCGAAUCUGGUAGUAUUCAAGGGUUUCAGUAACUACCCUUCAAUUGCAUAAUAAUCAUAUUCACGAAAUAUUACAAAUUAUUCAUAAGAAAAAAAGAGGUUAACAUUAUAUGAGUAUGUCGUUCCGUAUUAUUGAAAGACGUUACUGUUAUUUUAUUGUUGUAUUAUUGUUAUUCAUUAACAUUUGGAAAAUACUCUGCCAAUUUGAUACCGAACAUGGUUUUCUGGC